CUUUUCUCCCGUUGAUCCGAUAUUUUCUCCGCAAAACUUGUUUUCAGUAUUGAAGAAUAUUUAAAGGCCAAUUUGCCAAAUUUUGUCAAUAGCCGUCAGUACUUGGCUAUGUUUGUUUUACUUUUUUUAGGAUCUGGAUUCUCUGCUUAGCGUCUGGGACAAGAUUUUAGAUGGGUUUUAGAUUUAGUAGCCAUAGAAGGGUUAUCAAGAUUCGAUGAACAAGUAGUGCGGGUUCUCUGAGGGAGAGCCAUGGAAGAAGAUCAGAGGAAGCUGGUUUUGUCUGUUUUUCUGUGCUUUAUUUCAGUGGUUUCUUGUGCCACUGAUCCCAACGACCUCAAAAUUCUCAAUGACUUCAGAGACGGCUUGGACAACCCAGAACUACUAAAAUGGCCUUCUAACGGAGAUGAUCCAUGUGGCCCUUCUUUAUGGCCGCAUGUGUUCUGUUCUGGAAACAGGGUUUCGCAGAUUCAGGUUCAAGGCUUGGGCUUGAAGGGGACUCUCCCUCAGAAUUUCAACCAGCUCGAAAUGCUUUCAAAUUUGGGGCUUCAGAGGAACAGCUUCAGAGGGAAGCUACCGACGUUCAGUGGAUUGUCUCAAUUAGAGUAUGCUUACUUGGGUAAUAAUGGAUUUGACACGAUUCCUUCCGACUUUGUCAAUGGCCUUACUAGUUUGCGGGUCUUAUCUUUGGAUAACAAUCCAUUGAACGCGAGCACUGGAUGGUCUAUUCCUAGUGAGUUGCAGAGUUCAGCUCAGUUAACCAAUCUGUCAUUAAUGGGGUGUAAUUUGGUUGGUUCUGUGCCGGAUUUCCUAGGUUCAAUGCCGUCGCUGACAGUCCUAAAACUUUCAUACAACAAUCUCACCGGAGAAAUUCCGGCGAGUUUUAACCAGUCGCAGUUGCAGAUUCUGUGGAUAAAUAAUCAGGUUGGUGACAAGAUGACUGGCCCAAUUGAUGUAAUUGUGAACAUUCCCUCGCUGACACAGAUAUGGUUACAUGGAAAUAAAUUCAGUGGGACAAUUCCUGAGGGCAUUGGACAAUUGUCUUCUUUAACAGAUCUCGACCUCAACAGUAACCAACUUGUGGGUCUAAUUCCCAAGAGCAUGGCAGGUAUGCAACUUCAGAAAUUAGAUUUGAGUAAUAACAUGUUGAUGGGUCCGAUACCAGAUUUCAAAUUUGACAAUUUCAGUUAUGAUGGAAAUUCAUUUUGUCAAAGUAUUGGGCUUCCUUGUGCUCCCGAAGUUACAGCCCUUCUUGAUUUUCUUGGUGGUGUGCAAUUUCCAUCAAACCUUGCUUCUGCUUGGAGGGGUAAUGACCCAUGUGUUGACCCAUGGUUAGGACUUAGUUGCCAAAGUAACAAGGUUUCUGUUAUUAAUUUGCCUGGAAGAAACCUUGGUGGUAUUCUGAGUUCUUCAUUAGGGGAGCUAGAUUCUCUGUCUGAAAUCCGACUUGCAGAAAACCAUCUAACAGGUCCAAUCCCAACGAAUUUGACUGGCUUGAAAUCUUUGAAAUUGUUGGAUCUAAGUGGGAACAAUAUUGAACCUCCACUGCCAAAAUUUAGUGAAAGUGUUAAGGUUGUUAUAGAUGGGAAUCCUCUGUUUAAUGGUAACCAGUCUGCUACACCUUCAUCGUCACCAGGGACUUCGAAUUCUCCAUCCAGCUCUUCUCCAACCAAGGGCUCAGAGUCUAACUCAGGUGCUCCAAGUGAAGGUAACUCGAAAUCAAAAGGUUCCAAAGGAUUGAAGCUAGUUUUUAUUGUAGCCCCGCUUGCAUGUUUUGCCUUCUUGGUUGUUCUGCUUGUUCCUCUAUCCAUAUGCUACUGCAAGAAGAGGAAACAUGCCUUCCAAGCACCAAGUUCCUUUGUCGUGCACCCCAGAGACCCAUCUGAUCCAGAAAACAUGGUUAAGAUUGUAGUCUCUAAUAACACCAAUGGAAGAUUAUCUAAUCUAACAGAGAGUAGUUCUCAGAGUUUAUAUAGUGGAAUGGGAGAAUCUCAUGUGAUUGAAACUGGGAAUUUGAUCAUAUCAGUUCAGGUUCUACGUAAUGUGACCAGGAAUUUUGCUCCAGAAAAUGAGCUAGGACGUGGUGGUUUUGGGGUAGUUUAUAAGGGGGAACUGGAUGAUGGGACAAAAAUAGCAGUCAAGAGAAUGGAGGCUGGUGUGAUUAGCAACAAGGCUUUGGAUGAAUUUCAAGCUGAAAUUGGAGUUCUUUCAAAAGUCAGACACCGACAUUUGGUAUCUCUGUUAGGAUAUUCCAUAGAAGGUAUUGAGAGGCUUCUAGUUUAUGAGUAUAUGCCUCAGGGAGCUUUAAGCAAGCAUCUUUUCCAUUGGAAGAGUCUGAAUUUGGAGCCUCUAUCUUGGAAAAGGAGGCUCAACAUUGCCUUGGAUGUUGCUAGGGGAAUGGAGUAUCUGCAUACUCUCGCUCACCAGAGCUUUAUACAUAGGGAUCUUAAAUCUUCAAACAUACUCCUUGGUGAUGAUUUUCGAGCAAAGGUUUCGGAUUUCGGUUUGGUAAAACUUGCUCCUGAUGGUGAGAAAUCCGUAGUGACCAGGCUUGCUGGGACUUUUGGGUAUUUGGCACCAGAAUAUGCUGUCACAGGGAAAAUUACAACCAAAGCUGAUGUCUUCAGCUUCGGAGUUGUGUUGAUGGAGCUUUUGACUGGACUGAUGGCACUUGAUGAAGAGCGACCUGAGGAGAGCCGAUAUUUGGUUGCAUGGUUCUGGCACAUCAAGUCAAGUAAGGAGAAGCUAAUGGCUGCAAUUGAUCCAGCUCUUGGUGUUAAUGAAGAGACCUUUGACAGCAUAUCCAUCAUAGCUGAACUGGCUGGGCAUUGCACGGCAAGGGAGCCCAGCCAACGGCCUGAUAUGGGCCAUGCAGUGAAUGUACUAGCACCACUGGUUGAAAAGUGGAAGCCAUAUUAUGAUGAAACUGAGGAAUACUCAGGCAUCGAUUACAGUCUGCCCCUCACUCAGAUGGUGAAGGGCUGGCAGGAAGCUGAAGGUAAGGAUUACAGCUGCACCAGCCUUGAUGACAGCAAGGGAAGCAUCCCGGCAAGGCCCAUUGGAUUUGCUGAAUCGUUCACUUCUGCUGAUGGUCGCUAAAUCAUCGUUUGGAAUGUCAUUCAGUAAUUUAUGAUUUGCCAAUCUUUUUGCAUUUUAUUUAUUAAAAUCUUCAUCUAGUCAAUCUAGUCGGUCCAGGUUUAGUGGGUUUGUUUAUAAUAUGAAGGAUACAACUAUAGAUUCUCAUUUUUAGGAUUUCAAAUGUAUUUUCAUCUUUUCCCUUCCCUUGUUCUUUUGUUUUCUUUUUGAAAGUGAGAUUUGUGUGGAGGUGAUGCUGUUGAUAGAAGAAAAGCAUAAAAAGAGAGCUUUAUUCAGUUCUCCCUUGAUUUAUAUUCAUUUGUUCCUUGUUUUCA